AUGAAUGACACGGAGAAGUUUGAGGACGAAUUCGACAUUGAGCUGAUGGAGGAGAUAGGCAAACAAACCAUUUCGCAGUUUCUGGAAAAAAUGCACUACAAUGAUGAGAAAACGAAUUUCUGGGUAUCUCAGAUUCUAGACACAACCUUGAAGGAGUUGUCCAAACUGAAUAAACCCUUUAAAUACGUUGCUACCUGCACUUUGAUGGAGAAAAACGGAUCCCCGCUAACAACCUCGAACGUUUGUCUGUGGAACGAAAAUUCGGACGGCCUCUGCAGCGUGCAAAUGGGAAACGAAACUUUGGACUGCAUCCUCUGUAUAUAUGCUAUAAAAACGUGA